AUGCCAGGUAAUAUUGAAGAUUAUGUUCAUAGAAUUGGAAGAACUGGUAGAGCAGGUACAUCAGGUACAGCUAUCUCUUUUUUUACUGAAGCAAACUCUAAGAUGGGAGGUGAUUUGUGUAAGAUUAUGAGAGAAGCAAACCAGCAGAUUCCACCAGAAUUAUUAAAGUACGAUAGGAGAAGUUUCGGCAGCCACAUCAGAUAUGGCAGAGGUGGAAGAGGUGGUUUUAGAGGUGGCAGAGGUGGAAGAGGUGGUUUUAGAGGCGGAAGAGGUGGUGGCGGUGGCUAUGGCUACCAAUCCGGAUCUAAUGUCGCUCCUUUGAGUCACCGUCGUUUCUAA